AUGAAUAACCUCAACUCUCCUGCCUGCUCACUGAAUAGACAAUAUGCACAAUAUGCACAAUAUGAAAAUCAUGCGAAAGGCUACCUGCAGGAAGGAGACAUCAUGAUUGGGAUCAUCCUAGAUAUAUUCACUAAAAUGGAUUAUCAACAAGAAAACUUCACAGCCCACCCGGCACAAAAAUAUAUGAUCUUUUCUAGUUCUGCCUUCCAAAACUACCGUCACUUUCUGGCUGCCAUUUUUGCCAUUAAAGAGAUCAACAAGAACCAGAAGAUCCUGCCUAAUUUGACCUUAGGAUUUCAUAUCCAUGAUUCCUGGGCCAGUGAGAGAAAAGCCAUUACUAGUACAUUUAGUAUACUGACAGGGAGCACUAAUUUUGUGCCUAACUACAAGUGCAAUAAGAAAAGAACUCCUCGUGCAUUUGUAGGACAUCUGCUCUCUUCCAUAUCAAAUGUCAUAUACCAACUUAAUAGCAUCUUUGGAAUUCCACAGGUGAGUUACGGAGCUGUGGAUAAAUCAUUCUCUGACAAAAUUCACUAUCCAUUAUUUUAUCGAACAUUGGCAAGUGAAACUGCCCAGUACCAAGCAGUCAUCCAGCUCAUCAAGAUUUUUGGAUGGAACUGGGUUGGGAUGAUAUUCUCUGAUGAUGAGAGUCACCAGAAAGCCAGUGAAGAAAUGAAGAAUGAGAUUAUUAGAAAUGGCAUUUGUGCUGCCUUUGUUGUUUAUGUUAGUGAACAAAUCAGUAGUAUAGGGUUUGCAUUAAAAACUUUAAAGAAGGCAACUGCCAAAGUUGUUAUCGUGUAUAGCACAAAUGUUCUCUUUCUGCAGAUCCUUAUUAAUAAGAGUUCCUUAGCAAAGCAUGUGGCAUGGUUAAUCCUGGCAUCUUCACCAUUUAUUUUUAAUGGCAUGUAUACCAAUAGUUUUAAUGGAUCAAUUUUUUUAAUUUCUCGCAAUGGAAACAUACCAGGUCUACAAGACUUUAUUUACAAGGCUAAUCCUUCAAGGUCUCCUUAUAAUGAUCCAUUCACGGCUUCGUUUUGGUUAAAUAAAUUUAAGUGCCAGCCUGAGCAAACCUUUAGGAAAUCAUCAUCCAGCUACCGUGUAUGUGAUGCCAGGGAUACAUUACACGAAUUCGAUUCAACAUUUGAUAUAAAUAAAUUUAGAAGAACAUACAAUAUGUACAUUGCAAUUUAUUCUGUGGCACAUGCACUUCAUGCUAUGUACACUGAUAAAAACAUUGUUGGGAGUACCCUGCCUUCUGACAAAACAACACAGGUCUUUAAGGAAACACAGUUACACAAUUACUUAAAGAAGGUUAAUUUCAAAACCUCCUCUGGGGAUAAUAUUUCCUUUAACGGCAACGGUGAAGUUCUGGGAUCUUUUGUUAUAAUUAACUGGAACAUCUUUCUUAAUGGAACAGUGACUUCAAGAGACGUUGGGACCUUUGUAUCCUCUCGGUCUCCAGAACUUGUUAUUGACAAAGAGUCUAUCCAUUGGCCACCUCCAUUUAAUCGGACCCCUACCUCAAGUUGUGGUGCCAGCUGUCUCCCUGGUUACAGGAAAGUUCUGGUGAAAGGAAAACAAAUUUGCUGUUAUGAGUGUGUUCAGUGCUCUGAAGGAGAAAUAUCCCCAUUGCCAGAUAUGGAAAACUGCAUGAGGUGCCUUGAAGACCAAUGGUCCAAUGAGAAGAGGAAUAAAUGCAUCAUGCGUGACACUGAAUUCCUUUCUUAUGAAGAUCCUCUUGGCGUGGCCUUAACUGUAACUGCUCUGUUUUUGUCUUCUUGUACAGCUGCAGUUUUUUGCAUCUUUGUAAAAUACAAAAAUAACCCUAUUGUAAAAGCUAAUAAUCAAGAGCUCAGUUAUCUUCUUAUUCUUUCCCUUUUUGUGUCCUUCCUUUGUUCCUUACUAUUUAUUGGAAGACCUAUGAAGGUGACCUGUUUGUUAAGACAAGCUUUGUUUGGUUUCAUCUUUGCUAUUAAUCUUUCUUCCAUUUUGGGGAAAACAAUUACUGUUAUGAUUGCUUUCAAUGCCACUCAGCCUGGAAGCAGGCUCAGGAAUUUUGUUGGUACCAAGGUCCCUAAAUAUAUUCUUCUACUCUGUACACUUCCUGAAGUUUUAAUUUGCACGCUGUGGCUCAUAAUCUCUCCUCCAUUCCCUGACUAUGACACUCACUCUGUAACAGGAAAGAUCAUUUUGCAGUGCAAUGAAGGAUCAUCUUGUGCAUUUUACAUAAUGGUUGGUUAUAUUGCCUUGUUGGCUUUUGUUAGUUUCUUUGUUGCUUAUCUUGCCCGUAAAUUACCAGACAUAUUUAAUGAAGCACAAUAUAUAACCUUCAGUAUGUUACUGUUCUGCAGUGUGUGGAUCUCCUUCAUUCUGGCGUAUCUGAGCACCAAAGGCAAAUAUUUAGCAGCAAUGGAGAUAUUUGCCAUUCUUGUUUCCAGUGCAGGACUUCUUUGCCUUAUAUUUAUUCCUAAGUGCUUUAUUAUCUUAUUUAAACCACCUGCAUGUGCUAGAGGUCAUUUAGUGGAAACAAAACAGAAGCAAAACUAUAUGUAG